AUGGCAAUGGAGAUCGAGCUGACUGCCCCAAACGGCCGCCGCUGGAUGCAGCCGCUGGGGCUGUUCAUCAAUAAUGAGUUCGUGGCUAGCAGCAACGGCCAGACGAUUACCAGCGUCAACCCCACCACCGAGGAGGACAUCUGCUCUGUCUACGCCGCCACUACCGACGAUGUCGACAAGGCUGUGGCCGCAGCUAAGAAAGCCUUCCGGGACCCAUCGUGGAGGCAGCUCUCGGGUACUGAGCGCGGUGCCCUGAUGUACACGCUGGCCGACCUGGUAGCCGAGCACGCCGAGACGCUGGCGACAAUUGAGGCGCUGGACAACGGCAAGCCGUACAGCGUCGCACUUAAGGAGAACGUGCCUGAGGUCAUCAACGUGCUACGAUACUAUGCAGGCUAUGCCGACAAGAACUUUGGCCAGACAAUUGACGUCGGUCCGGCCAAGUUCGCCUACACUAUCAAGGAGCCUAUUGGCGUAUGCGGCCAGAUCAUCCCCUGGAAUUAUCCCCUUGAUAUGGCUGCUUGGAAGCUAGGUCCUGCCCUGUGCUGUGGCAACACUGUGGUGCUGAAGCUCGCCGAGCAGACCCCGCUCAGCAUGCUCUACGUCGCAAAGCUGAUCAAACAGGCCGGCUUCCCUCCUGGCGUCAUCAACAUUCUCAACGGCUACGGCCGUGAGGCAGGCGCCGCCCUCGUCCAGCACCCAGAUGUCGACAAGAUCGCCUUCACUGGCAGCACAGCUACCGGCAAGGAAGUAAUGAAGAUGGCCGCAGCGACCAUGAAGAACAUCACCCUUGAGACAGGCGGAAAGUCGCCCCUCCUCGUCUUCCCCGAUGCAGACCUCGAGCUGGCCACGACUUGGGCCCACUGGGGCAUCAUGAGCAAUCAGGGCCAAAUCUGCACAGCCACGUCUCGCAUCCUCGUCCACGAAUCCAUCUACGAUGCCUUCCUGGAGCGCUUCAAGGCCAAGGUGCGCGAGGUUUCGGUCCUGGGUGACCCCUUCGACGAAAACACCUUCCAAGGGCCCCAGGUGACACGUGCGCAGUACGAGCGUGUGCUCUCGUACAUUGAGUCGGGCAAGCAGGAGGGUGCGACGAUUGCCUUGGGCGGGGAGCCUGCCCCGCAGAAGGGCAAGGGUUUCUUUGUUGCGCCGACUGUGUUCACCAACGUCAAGCCGCACAUGAAGAUUUUCCGGGAAGAGAUAUUCGGCCCAUGUGUGGCGAUUGUUGCGUUCCAGACGGAGGAGGAAGCGAUUCAGAUGGCGAACGAUACCACGUAUGGCCUGGGUGCCGCGGUGUUUACCAAGGAUCUGGUGCGGGCGCAUCGGGUUGCGAAGGAGAUUGAGGCAGGCAUGGUGUGGAUCAACAGCAGCAAUGACUCGGACUUCCGUGUGCCGUUUGGCGGCGUGAAGCAGUCGGGUAUUGGCAGGGAGCUGGGUGAGGCUGGUCUGGCGCCAUACUGUAACAUCAAGGCGGUACACAUUAAUAUGGCUGCAUAG